AUGGGUCCCCCUACCCCACCCCAUCUCCCUCAUUCUUUCUCCUUCUCACCCCUACCUCCCCCAUUCUGCCGCUCGCGCCAUCCAGAAGCCCGACACGUCAGCGCUGCCGAAGCUGCUGUAGCUGCUGGGAGCGGCGAUGGCGGCGGCGGGGAAGCUGACGGAGGGGAAGCGCACGGACGCGUACAACCCCGUGAAGGCCGUCGCCGAGAGCGUCGCCGCGCUCACAUCCUCUCCACCUACCGCAACACGGAGGGGGGAGAAGCGCACGUGGAGUGGGCGCGCGCACUAAAGGAGCUGUACACCCAGGGAUUAAAGGAGUACAUUAAGAAGUUCCACGUCACCGGACCCUCCUGGUCCGCCUCAGGCCUCGACCUCCCUGCCUAUCUCUCCUCCGCCCCCUCCGCCGCCCCAGCUCCCUCCCGCGGAGGUCCCCCGCCACCUCCGCGCGGGGCCCCUCCCCUGCCUCCGCCCCCAGCUGCGUCAGCGGGCGGGGGGGGCGGAGGGGGCGGGGGCGCGGACAUGUCGAAAGUGUUUUCCGAGCUCAACAAGGGCGAGGCCGUCACUGCCGGCGAGCUCAACAAGGGCGAGGCCGUCACUGCCGGCGAGCUCAACAAGGGCGAGGCCGUCACUGCCGGCGAGCUCAACAAGGGCGAGGCCGUCACUGCCGGCGAGCUCAACAAGGGCGAGGCCGUCACUGCCGGCGAGCUCAACAAGGGCGAGGCCGUCACUGCCGGCGAGCUCAACAAGGGCGAGGCCGUCACUGCCGGCGAGCUCAACAAGGGCGAGGCCGUCACUGCCGGCGAGCUCAACAAGGGCGAGGCCGUCACUGCCGGCGAGCUCAACAAGGGCGAGGCCGUCACUGCCGGCGAGCUCAACAAGGGCGAGGCCGUCACUGCCGGCGAGCUCAACAAGGGCGAGGCCGUCACUGCCGGCGAGCUCAACAAGGGCGAGGCCGUCACUGCCGGCGAGCUCAACAAGGGCGAGGCCGUCACUGCCGGCGAGCUCAACAAGGGCGAGGCCGUCACUGCCGGCGAGCUCAACAAGGGCGAGGCCGUCACUGCCGGCGAGCUCAACAAGGGCGAGGCCGUCACUGCCGGCGAGCUCAACAAGGGCGAGGCCGUCACUGCCGGCGAGCUCAACAAGGGCGAGGCCGUGAACAACAUCACGCUAGACAAGUGCACCAAGACUGCUGUCGUCUUCCAGGACGUGCUGGCAGCGUGUGAGGUGGUGAAAUGCAGCGGAGUGGAGAUUCAGUGCCAGGGCACAGCGCCCACGCUGGCAGUGGACAACACGAGCGGCUGCCAGCUGUACCUGGCUGGCACAGCGCUGGCAGCCGCCAUCACCACCGCCAAGUCGUCCGAGAUCAACGUGCUCGUGCCCGGCCCCGAUGCUGAGACUCCCUGGGUAGGCAGGGAUGGGGCGGACAAGUGGGUAGGGGUGGUGAGGGACAUGGGUAGGGGUGGUGAGGGACAUGGCCCAUCCUUCCUCCCUCAUUCCUUCCGAAGGGGUGGGACAGAUGGGGAGGGACAGAUGGGGAGGAACAGAUGGGGAGGAACAGAUGGGGAGGAACAGAUGGGGAGGAACAGAUGGGGAGGAACAGAGGUGGUCCCUUCCGCCACCACAAUCGAACAGCGUUUUGAUUCCCUCUCUGCUCCCCACCAUCCUCCCCCCAACUCUCUCCCCGGCAUCUAUUUAGGUUCCCCCCAUCCUAUCCUCUCUUACCUUGUAUCCCCUGCCCUGCUUCCCCCCAUCCCCUUCCCUGCUUCCCCCCAUCCCCUUCCCUGCUUCCGGCUGGGUCGGGUCGGGUUUUGA